AUCUUCAUAUAGACCAAAUAAGAAAUCGGGCUAACUUUAUUAUUCAGUUGUUUUUGAAGGCCUGAAAUAGGCGCGAAUCCUGCGCUCUGAGACUUACGUCUGAGACUUGACACCAUUCUGCACUUUUCAACACGUAGAGGUUUAAUUAUUAGAUUCCUUGGAGGAGAAGCGCUCCGGCGCCUAACCUGUGGGAAUGAGCGCUCAGCCCUGGGUUGAGAAGUACCGGCCGAAGAACGUCAGCGAGGUUGCCUACCAAGAGGAGGUUGUCAACACCUUAACGCGCGCUCUGGAGUCUGCAAACCUGCCACACCUGCUCUUAUAUGGCCCACCCGGCACGGGAAAAACCUCAACGGCGUUGGCCAUCGCCCGUCAGCUUUAUGGCCCCGAACUGAUGAAGACCCGCGUGUUAGAGCUGAACGCCUCAGAUGAGCGCGGCAUCCACGUGGUGCGUGAAAAGGUUAAAUCCUUUGCUGCUGCAGCGGUGGGGGCGCCUGCGCCCGGGUACCCCUGCCCGCCCUACAAGCUGCUCAUCCUGGAUGAGGCGGACUCCAUGACGCAGGAAGCCCAGAACGCUCUGCGGCGCACCAUGGAGACGUACAGCCGCGUGACCCGCUUUGUCUUUAUCUGCAACUAUGUGUCGCGCAUCAUCGAACCGCUCGCCUCACGCUGCGCCAAGUUCCGAUUCAAACCGGUACAAGCAGCGCUCAUGGCGGGCCGCAUUGAGUACAUUAGCGAGCGCGAGGAGUUGCAGCUGGCGCCCGGGGCGCUUGACACGCUGGCGGCGGUCAGUGGCGGUGACCUGCGGCGAGCCAUUACCACCUUGCAGAGCGCAGCCAAGCUGGGGGCCGGCACUGUGGACAGCUCCACUCUGCUCGACGUGUCUGGUCAGGUGCCUGGGGAGGUGGUGAGCGGGCUAGCUGCAGCGUGCAAGGCGCGGGGCCAUGGGCGCUUUGGGGCUCUGCAGCGUCGAGUCCAGGACGUGGUGGCCGAGGGCUUUGCAGCGCAGCAGGUGCUGCUGCAGCUACAGGCCGAGCUGGUAAGCGACCGCACCCCGGAUGCUGCAUCCGACUUGCGGCUCGCUGAGGCGCUGGAGGCGCUCGCAGCCGCCGACCACAGCCUUGCUGCGGGUGCAGAUGAGACGUUGCAGCUGCUGAAUGUGGUGGGGCGUGUGCACAAUGCAUACGCGGUGGCAUGAGGUAGUGGCCAACAGCAGGCAGGCGUUUGGGCGGUAGGAAUGGCUAACGAUAUUUAAUGAACGUUUAAUUCAAGCACGUUGUAAGCUAUGUAAGCCAGCUUCGGG